GUUAAAAUUCAAUCUCAUAUCAAUUGACUAGAACAGAAUCAUAUAAAUACUAGUGAUUAUUAUGGGUAUGUACAUGACGAUAAGGAUUAUAUGGAUCCCUAUGUUGGAUUCAUCGAUGGCUUGUGAUUGUGGUAGUGGGUGUAAGUGCUGAUCAGAAUCGAAUGCAUUGAACCACCUUUUAAAAUGAUCAAGACAGAGACGUUUUAUUUAAUAUUUGAAUUAUUUAUUUUUUUUUGACAGGGGGUCCAAUUACUACAAUUACAAGGCUGAUAAUGAUAGAGGAUUGAUACUAACAUAGUCUGUUUAGUCCCACCUAAGAAGAUGACCUUGCAGGAGUUCUUCAACGAUGAAUCGUAUGGAGGCUCCUGGGCAGAUGAUGAUAUUGAUAUGGCUUCCAUAUCAGUACCAAUUGAAAGAGUAACCCAUUAUAAUUCAUCCUAUUCUCAUGAUGGAUUUUCAUCCCAUCAUAGCGGCGGUGCAGGAGGAGGUGGUGGUGGUUCAAUGGCAGGUGAUAAUGGACCUCCUUAUAUUGUUAAGUUAUUGAACUUACCUGUGACGGCCAAUGAUGCAUUUGUUACUGAUUUAUUUCAAAGUAGAUUCACAACAUUUAAAAAAUCAAAAAUAGUGGUUGAUCCUUCUUCAAAUAUAUUGGAAACUCAUGUCAUAAAAAGAGUAGCCUUUGUUGAAUUAAACUCAUUUCAAGAUUUAGGAAAAGUGGUUAAAUGGCAUGAUUUAUUCUAUAAAGGUACAAGAAGAGUGAUUGUAGAAAUGGCCGAUUUUAAUGAUUUUCAAUAUUGUAUUCAAUUUAAUAAAGAGCAUGAUCAAGAAAUUCAACAAAUUCAAGAUGAUUUCAUAGCAAGUAAACAACAACAACAUCAACCUCGUCAUAUGGCUUUACUUGAUAAUAUUCAAAUCGAUACUCCAAGUUCAAGAUAUCAUCCUCCCACCAGAAAUAACUUUCAAAGAGGUCCAGGUGGGUUUGGUACUGGUCAAGGUCCUCGAGGUAUUUCCCCUCAACAACAUCAUUUUGAUCAACCUCCUUUACAUCAUGAAAAUUCACAACAUCAUGAAGAACAUAAGCAUAAAUCAAACCCAUUUGGUGAUGCCAAACCAGUAGAUACAUUAACUCGUCAACAAGAAAUAGAAAAGAAAUUAAUCAAUUUGAAUAAAACAACUGUUCAAACUUUAGGUCCUGAAGGUGAACUUCCUCCAGAUGUUGAACAAACCAUUAAAGAAUUUCAUGAAAAGGCAUCUCCAACUUUAAGAAGAUCUUCCAUUAAUUCAGGCUCAAGAAGAUCAUCAACUGAUAAUGGUAGAAAAUCAUCUGUUUCAAUAUUGAAACGUCCUACCAUAUCUGAUCAUAACACUUCAUCAGGUGCAAUUGCACAUCCAACACCUUCAACAAUCACACCAGCUCAUGCUGCCACUACUAUUCCAUUACCAACAAAUUCACCCUAUUCCAUAAAUGGAUCAGGAAAGAGUAUGGCUGAAAUGCUUAGUGAACAAUCUCAUGAUAAUUCAGGAUCAGGAGGAAGAAACACUCCAACUAAAGGUCAUACUCCAAAGCCAAUAGUUUCCAAACCUGUGAUAUUGAAAAAGAAAAUAAACACCACUAGUUCACCCCAACCAAAGAAAUUAGAUUUAACCAUAAAAGAAAGUGAAGUUAUUAAAUUGGAAGACGAGAAAAAAGAACAGAAACAUAAUGAAGAGGUUGAAGUUUCAAAGAAAACCCCCGUGGAAGUGGACCAAAAAAAGAAAGACAUCGAAAAAGCUACUGAAUCCAUUUCUAAGGUUGAAAUAACUCAAUCCAAACCCAUCACAACCAAACCAUCCACCGAUUUUGAUGAUGAAGAAAGACCAGACUUCAGAAAGCAUUUGAGUGAAUUAGUUCAAAAGGCAACUCCAGUGCCACCAAAAGAAAAGAGAUUCAAUAAUCAAUAUUCGUCAUACAAGGGUAAUCAUAAUAAUUCAUUCAAUACUAGCUAUAAUAAACGUCCCUAUCACACUAGCAAUAACAUCAAUAACAAUAACAACGGAAAUAACAACAAUAUCAGUAACAAUAAUCACAGUAAUAAUCAGCAGGUCAAUGUCACUGAAUCUGAAAAUACGGUGUCAAGUAAUGGUGAUACUCCAACUCCAGCGACAGAUAAUCAACCACCAACUACAGAUGAAAAUAGGAGAUACCGUUCUCAACGACAACCAUAUUAUCCUGGUGACAGAUACAGAAAUCAUUCUCCUACCAAAAAUAAGAGUAAGGUUUUUAAUAAGCCAGCUGUUGAAAAAGUCUCCAAUGAAAAUACAGAACCAUCUAAAUCUGAUAUACCUGUAUCAGUAUCAGAAACCAAACCAAAACCACAAAAAGUUGAAAAGGUCGUAGAAAGUAAACCACGAGAAGAGUCCAAACCACCAACACUAGAAGUUAUCAGUUCAAAAUCAGCUGCUGAAGAUGAAAAAUCGAAAGAUAAAGCAGAUGAAAUAGACUCAUCAGCAUCACAAGAUACAUCUAGUUCAAACACUAGAGGUAGAGGUCGUGGAAGGGGUGGAUUCAGAGGUAGAGGUAGAGGAUCUUCUAGAGGUACAUUUGAAGGAAGGGGUAAUUCCAGGGGUGGAAGAGGUAGAGGUAAUGCAGCUGCUAAUUUCAAUCUUCGUUAUGUUAGAGCUAAGCCAGGCGAAGAAGCUAAGACUGAAUAAAAGAUUCAGCAUGUAUUUGUUUGGUUAUUCCACACUCACACUAUUUAUUUCUUGCUUCGUAUAGAUUUAUAUGAUAGUAUAAUGUAUAAUUAAUUAUUUUUUACUUACAGCCUUAGUAUAUUUGUAUCUACAAUAACAUGCAUCAUUUGUU